AUGGCUCUCUGGCCAUUUAGGAAACGUCGAAAGACGAAGACGGCGGAGGGAAAGAACUCAGUCGCACAGCAGCACCAGGAACCACCCACCGUGGAGCGCAAGCUCUCGCUGGUGAGGAAAGCUUCAGCUCGUCAGAAUCCCCGUCGUUCAGCUAGUCGUCGUAGGGUCGUCGCCGCCGCCGUUGCUUCUCCCGCAGAUGCUCGGGAGUUGCAGUCCUAUGUCUCUGCGGCACCCCCCGUGCUUGACCAUCUCUUGCUUCCGAAUCGCAAUUCCUCGGACCCCAUGGACACCAACUUCCAGUUGGAUCCUAACUUUCAGCCACAGAAACGGACCCACGAGGGAGGAUUCUCGUCGUACUUUGUGGAGAUCGAUCGCCCCAUGACUAGCUCAUCAACGUCUUCGGCCCGUCCCCACAAACAGACCAGCAUUGUUCGCAGAUUUAGCAAGCGAGGCCGCGAGUCGAAACAAGCGCAUACACAGCCACCUCCUUCCGCGUACAUCCAACAGUUGGCCCGAACCGCUUCGAAGCGUGACGGUAAGCGCAUGAGAAGUUUCAACAGUUUUGAAUAUGACCGGCCUAUGUCGCAAUCCUCAUUACCUCGUCAAUCGCUCAGUUCUUCUCUUUCUUCAGUUUCUUCAAUGAGGGCCUACAGGAUCCGUAGUUUUGAGUUAUUCACGCCCAGGCCCCGCCUCCGUUACGAGAGCGGGUUUGGAACUUCACCAGAUGGCAAGCAACAGGAACACUCCCCAACCACGAUACCAAAUCGAUCGAACUCUCGAUCAAAUCACGAAUAUAGACACAGGACUGGGACCGACAGCCGUGGAAAUGUUAGGGCUAGGGUGGAUGAAUUGGCCGAUGACAUGGAUGCGAAGGAACUUAGGGAGGCUAUGGAUAGGGAUAGGAGGCGGAGGGAAAGGAGGAGAUUGCAAGAGCAGGAAAGGCUGCAAAAGAAGUUGGAAAGGAAGCAGAAGCAGAGGCAACUGGAACAGGGCAACAUCGGUAUGGGCAUGGAGAUGGACGUGGACCAAGAUAUGGAUAGGGAUUACCAAUACAAUCUCGAGCGGAAUCAGGGGAUGUUUGUAGCACAGCCUGAGAGGCAGAUGGGAGAGAGUUCUCGGGCUGCUGAAGCCUAUGGAGGUUUCAGUCCUGUGCACAACCCAUAUCCGUUUCCCGAAACUGAAGGCGUUGUUGCUCGUCAGCCGAGAGACUCUAGGACAACGAUAGAAUCCACUACUCCCAUCUCUUGGUUGAAUGACGCAUCGGCUGAGGAUAUCAAUAAGGGUGUUCGUCUAUCUGGAAGAACUGAUAUGAUAACGCCAGUGUCGAUGGACUCCGCAGAGUACACAUCUGAGUCUCCUACAUUUGACACUGCUAAGCAGAUCAAUGUUACGUCACACAGUCAUGCACAGAUUUCGCCGAUCCCCUCACGGAAUAACUCAAAGGCAGAGAGAAACCCCAAGAUUCAGGUCGAUUCCCCAACAACACCCAACGAUCAAUUGACCGAGGAAGACGAAAUACGUGGAAAAAAGUCAGCAUGGACAUCUUUCAUCAAAAAAGCGACGGCUGCUAGAAUACAGAAGGAGCAGGACAUUCGGGUUGGUCAAUCAACGAUGGUACAUGGUUCUGACGAAGAGGCAGAAGGACUUGGUAGUGUAUCAGAGCCUGUAAGGCGGGAUUUCUACGAAGUGGAACAACUAAGGCGCCGCGAAGGCCAGACACCUGGGAGACACAUACAGGAUGAGAUUGCCUUUGCGAUGACUGCAUUGGAGACAGGACAUGUCCGAGGAAAGGAUGAGAUAGAGGAUGAACAACGAGACCACUUCUCGCCCACGCCUCCCUCAUACCCGAACUACGGUCGCCCCUCCAGCUCCAAGAGCUCACUCGUGGCCGCCCCUCUCCGUUCUCCCGCUAACCCAAGGAACUCUUCCCACUCGGCCACUCCAGAACUGAACGAAGACUCCCCCACGAUACCUCCCCAGGGUCGCACAUCAUCCCAGCAAUCCCACUUCCGGCCAUCAUCUCACAGAUAUUCACCCUCCAUGCGUUACUCCUCUGGUGCUGCGUCCCCGGAAAACGGCCCACGUUCAUUCGUGUCCACUUCACUCGCAUCAAUCGACUCAGAGGGGUCGUGGCUUUCUGGCAAGAUGACGAACCCCCGCCAGUCAAUCCACCAGAUUAGCCCGUUGCGUACAAGCGCAACAUCGCUCCGCCGCCGUUACAAGGAAUUCGACGACGGGGCUAGCUUUGAGGGUGACGACUACUUCAGUGGCGUGGAACCACGCCGACCAAAGGGUCAGAAUGCGGAGGAGUAUGUUUAUGCACCACGAAUGGAGCUGAGCGACGAGAGCGAGGACGACGACAAUGCAUCUAUCAAUAGCGAAGCAGAGCAGAAGAUGUGGAGAGAAGGCCCCGCGAAGAAGGUCGUCCCUCAGGAGAUCCCAGUGCUGCCACGGGUCGGUGCAUUGAAGGGCCAGGGACGGCCUGGCCCAGUGAGAAUGGUUAGCAGUACCGACGGCGAAGAAGUGUUCAUGACGCCGCUGGAGCACCCACACGAGAGAACAGUCUUUUCGACGCCCAUGGAACAUCCGGCCGCUAGGAAGAGUACCGUAGCCGAGAUUGUGGGUCCGGGAAGGCCGUAA